AUGACCAACGUUACUCUGAGCAACCAUAUAUUAUUAACAAAAGCAAAAGAGAAAGCAGCAUUUCGAUAUUUCAUACCUUCAUCUUUUUUGAACAAAUUCGAUUUUCAAAUUUCAACAAGAUCAUCUUCACCGAUCAAAUCGCAAAUUGAACAUUCAACAACUUUUCGAUAUAAAGAAGUAGAGAUAGAUAAUAGAUCAUAUAAAUUUAUGAUGCAAUUAACUGAUAUGUUAAAGGAUGGUGCUAAGCACUUCUCUGGUAGAGACGAAGCGAUCCUUCGUAAUAUCGAGGCUGCCAAGCAGUUGGCAGAGAUCACACGUACAUCAAUGGGUCCAAAUGGAAUGAAUAAAAUGAUUAUCAAUCACUUGGAAAAGUUGUUUGUCACCAACGAUGCUGCUACCAUCAUCAAGCAAUUGGACGUUGUACAUCCAGCUGCCAAGAUGUUGGUUUUAGCUGCUCAAAUGCAAGAACAAGAGAUGGGAGAUGGAACUAAUUUAGUUGUUACUUUGGCAGGUGAAUUCCUUCAGAAAGCAGCUGCACUCUUGGAGAUGGGAUUGCAUUCAUCAGAGAUUAUCUUUGGUUACGAUAGAGCUGGUGAGAAAGUACAGAGUAUCAUUGAAUCGUUGAUCGUUCAUACAUUGACUGACGUUCGUAAUAUCGAUGAGGUCAAGAAGGGAUUGAAAUCGGCGUUGGCAUCGAAGCAGUAUGGUUACGAGACAUUCCUCUCUGAUAUCAUUGCAAAGGCAUGCAUUCAAGUGCUCCCAAAGAAACCAUCGAACUUCAACGUCGACAAUGUGCGUGUCACCAAGAUUCCAGGUGGUGGUGUCACCGAUACCUCUGUCUUCAAGGGUCUUGUCGUCGCUGGUGACGCCGAAGGUGCAAUCAAACGUGUAGAGAAAGGAAAGAUCGCCGUCUUUGCAAGCGGUAUCGACAUUGGAAAGACUGAAACCACCGGUAAAGUUUUGAUCACAAACGAUACCGAACUACUAAACUUUUCCAAAGGUGAAGAGGAUUCCAUCAGAGAGACAAUUCAAGGUAUUGCAGAUGCAGGUGUUAAGAUUAUUGUUUCCGGUUCAUCAGUUUCAGAGAUUGCACUUCAUUAUAUAGAGAGAUACGGAAUGAUGUUGGUCAAGUUACCAUCGAAGUUCCAAUUGCGUAGACUUUGUAAGACUGUUGGUUCGACACCUUUGGUGAAGUUGGGUGCUCCCAUUCCAGAGGAACUCGGUUACUGCGAUGAGGUGUACGUCGAAGAGAUCGGAUCGACCAAGUGUGUCAUUUUCCGUCAGACUCGUGAGGACUCUGAGAUUUCAUCGAUUGUCGUUCGUGGUUCCACCAACAAUAUUCUCGACGAUAUCGAGCGUGCCAUCGACGAUGGUGUCAACGUCUUCAAGGGAAUGUGCAAGGACGGUCGUUUCUUGGCUGGUGCAGGUGCCUUUGAACUCGAGGUAUCGCGUCAACUCCAACAGUUUGCCGACGCCACCCCGGGAUUGGCCCAGUAUGCCAUUCGUGCCUACGCCGAGGCUUUCGAGAUCAUCCCACGUACACUCGCCGAGACAUCCGGUCACGAUGCCACCAAGAUCAUUUCAAACAUUUACGCUGCACACACCAAAGGUAACACCGAUUUCGGUUUGGACAUUGAGACCGGUAAUGCCAAGAGCGCCAAGGAAAUGGAAAUCUUUGAUCUUUUCAUUGGAAAACAAUAUGCCAUCAAGUUGGCUACCAACACUGCCACAACCGUUUUAAGAGUCGAUCAAAUCAUCAUGUCUAAACCAGCUGGUGGUCCAAAGGCACCAAAGCAAAACUCUGGUGAUGGUGAUCCCGAUUUUUAA